AGCUGAGCAAUGCACAGGGCAGACCAGUAACAACUACAUCAUCUUCAGCAUGAAGACAGCAAUAAAGCUAAUGCUUCUGACCCUGGCUCUUUAUCUCACACAAGAUGCCGCCAGUGGGGAUGCAAUUCAGGAUGUAUGUAGAAAUCUUCAAGCACUGAUGGAAACUAAUACGCUGUUGUGUUCCCAAGGCAAUGAACCUAUUCAAAACCCUAAUGACAUGAACCAAGAUAUUUGUGUCAUGUGCAAGCAGAUACUCAAAAAAGAAGCAAAAUCCAAGAAAAGCGUGAGAGAUUUAUCAAGAGCCACCAGGGAAACUGCCCCAGCAAAGUUGAAUUGCGAGGAUUUCAAGCAAGGAAGAAAAGAUGGGGGUUUUGUCUGUAGCUCUGAUGCUUCUGCAGUCUGUGGCACAGAUGGGAAAACAUACCGCAGCAGAUGUGAGCUGUGUGCUGAAAAUGAGAAAAGCAAGAAGCAAGUGGACAUUAGAAGUGAAGGGGAGUGUGACGGCAGCAGUUUCGAGAAGGAUCUGUGCAGUGAUUUCCGGGCCUACGUGCAAGACGGAAGACUCGGAUGUACAAGGGAAAGUGAUCCUGUCCGUGGACCCGAUGGAAGGACCCAUGGCAAUAGGUGUGCCAUGUGUGCUGAGCUCUUCUUAAAAGAAGCUCAGGAAAAUGCUACCCGUGACAGAGAAAGCAGAGUUCGGAGAGACGCGGAGAAGGAACUUUGUAAGGAAUUUGAAAAUCAAGUGAGAAGUGGAAGACUCUUUUGUACCCGAGAAAGUGACCCAAUCCGUGGCCCUGAUGGCAAGAUGCAUGGGAACAAGUGUGCUCUGUGUGCUGAUAUAUUCAUGAGACAAUUUUCAGAGGAAAAAAGUAAAGCAGAGAAAAAACAGAGAGAUGCUGAAGAAAAGGCUAAAGCUAAAAUGGAAAUUGAGAAACGCUGUAGUGAAUUCCAGGACCGUGCAAAGAACGGAACACUCUUCUGCACCAGAGAAAAUGACCCCAUUCAAGGUCUGGAUGGAAAAACACAUGGCAACUUGUGUUCCAUGUGCCAAGCUUUCUUCGAAGCAGAAACUGAGGAAAAGAAGAAGGCUGAAGCAGAGGCCCGAAGCCGAAGAGAGUCUGAAAACUCAGCAACAUAUGCCAAGCUGUGUGAAGGAUAUCGAAAGGUCAGAAGGAAUGGACAACUAUAUUGCACCAGAGAGAAUGACCCAAUCAAGGGCCCAGAUGGGAAAGUCCAUGGCAACACAUGCUCCAUGUGCCAAGCUUUCUUUAUUCAAGAAGACAAAGCAAGAGCCAAGGUUAAAAGAGAAGCUGCAAAGGAGAUUUGCAGUGAGUUCCGGGACCAAGCCAAGGAUGGACUGCUCAUGUGCACCAGAGAAAAUGACCCUGUUUUUGGCCCAGAUGGAAAAACACAUGCAAACAAGUGUGCCAUGUGUGCAAGUGUGUUCCUAAUAGAAGAGGAAGAGAAGAAAAAAGGAGAGAAGGAGAAGACUGAGGCUGGAAAGUCAAAGAGAGAUGUAAUACAGGAGCUAUGUAGUAAAUACCGCGCCCAGGUAAGAAACGGUCGGCUCCCCUGCACCAGAAAGAGCGACCCCAUUGAGGGCCUGGAUGGGAAGAUCCAUGAAAACACCUGCUCCAUGUGUGAGGCCUUCUUCCAGCAAGAAGCAAAGGAAAAUAAAGCUGGUUUCAGAGUAAAGGCAAAAAGAGACAUUAAAAAGGACUGCAGUGAAUUUCUGAGUCUUUUAAAGGAUGGAGAACUUUUCUGCACACGAGAAAAUGACCCUGUGCGUGGCCCAGAUGGCAAGACCCAUGGGAACAAGUGUGCCAUGUGCAAGGCUGUCUUCGACAAAGAAAAAGAAGAAAGAAUGAAGAAGGAAGGGGAAAAUCAGAGAAUCACUUCAGGCCAUGGUUCCAGUGGCGAGAGACUGAAGGCUAAGGAUGAAUGUGCUCAAUAUUGGGAAAGAAUGAAAAAUGGAGAACUCAGCUGUACUCGAGAGAGUGACCCUGUACGUGGUGCUGAUGGGAAAUCAUACAACAAUAAAUGUGUCAUGUGUAAAGAACUCCUGCAGAGAGAAAUCGAGGAAAAAAAUAAAAAUGUUGCCUCAAGAUCGAAUAGUACUGGAUCAUCUACAAGAAAGGAUAUAUGUGACCAGUUUAGAAGCCAAAUGAAAAACGGGAAACUUCUCUGUACUCGGGAAAGUGACCCUACCCGGGGUCCAGACGGCAAGACUCAUGGCAACAAGUGUGCCAUGUGCAAAGAGAGACUGGAAAGAGAGGCCGCUGAAAAGAAAAAGAAAGAGGAUGAAGACAAAAGAAACGCAGGGGCAAACAAGAAUGAUAAGGAGGAUCAGUGCCAUGAAUUCAGAAGCUUGCAGAGGGAUGGGAAGCUGAUCUGCACGAGAGAAAAUGAUCCCAUCCGAGGCCCGGACGGCAAGACACAUGUUAACAAGUGUGCCAUGUGUCAGAGCAUGUUUGAACGGGAAGCUAGUGAAAGGAAAAUGAGGAAUGAAGAAAACUCAAGUCCUCAGCCUGCCAAUGAGGGAAAGAACAACUGCAGAGACGAUCACAACACAGCAGAGGAUGCAAAACCUAGGCAGGCCAGGAGCUCUUUGCCCUCCACUACUGGGAUGACUGAAGAUGAGUGCAGCGAGUUUCGAAAGCUUCUGCAGGAUGGCAAGCUUCUCUGUCCACAAAAGGAUGACCCAGUACGUGGUGCUGAUGGAACCAUCUAUCAAAACAAGUGCCACAUGUGCAGAGUUGUCAUUGAAAAGGAAGCUGUAGAAAAGUCGGGGCUUGAAGAAAGUCCAUCACACAUUAGGGUUACCAAAGAAGAAGAUGGUCCAGGAUUUUCCAGCUCCUCUGAGGAUGCUGACAUAUGCAAACACUACCGAAUAUUGCCCAGGAUGGGUUACCUUUGCCCAAAGAAUUUACAGCCUGUCUGUGGGGAUGAUGGCCAAACAUAUUCUAACCCCUGCAUGCUCUGUCAUGAAAACCUGAUCCGUCAGACUGAUACACGCAUACGUAGUCAGGGGAAGUGUGAAGAGAGCAGCGACCCUGAAGCAAUACCUGCUGACUCACCUGCGUCUGAGAAAUGAUGCAACGAUUGGUGAAAGUCAUAAGGAAAAAGCUAUGCCUCAAUUCUGAACUGCCUACCUUCACCAUCUGUGUAUAUAAAGAAUUCUUCAUUCAUCUUUGUACUAUAGAAAACAACACAGAGCUGUUGGUAUUGGACUUGCUGGUCUUCAGUCUUUCCGUCUCUUUACUUCAGUGAUCUGAGGAUGUGGAGAAAUCUGCAUCCAGUCUGUGCUCUGGAAAUCUGAUCACAAUGCUGUCUGCCCAACUGCCUGUUUAAUAAAAGUAGAAACUCAGCAGAACAUCCUUUGGGGGAUUUGUUUCUCACUGCUAGAUCAUGGGAAUUUUUUAAAAACAGAAGAUGGAUAUAUGGUGCCUUUUAUCUAUCUUAUACUGGUAGACAAGUUGCUGUUAUCAUUGAGAAUAAGUCUCUAGGAUGAAGAGUGGCAAUGUGGACUCUCAGGCAGCCAUAUAUGUAUGAAGCUUCUGUCACCAUAUCAGACCCUUUACCUAGUAUCUGUAUUUCCAUAAAAGCCAUCCCUCAAUUAUAUAAGUCCCAUAAUCCUCACAAUCCAAUAAUUUAUCAUAUUAUAUACCUCUUGAUAAUUUCUUUAAUUUUUGAGUUUAUACCAUGGCUUUCUACCUACAUUCUGGGAAAGACUAAGGAAAUGAAUCCAUAAUAUAUGUAAAUCUCUAAAGUGGCAAUAUCUAAGAGAAAUGUUGUUCAAGCCACAUAUGUAAUUAAUUUUUUAGUAGUUAACAAGGUAACUAGGUAAAAUUAAUUCAAUUAUGUAUUUUAUCUAGCCCAAUAUAUCACUUAUUGAUUGAACAUGUUUUAUUUAAUACAUGUUUUAUUUAAUAAAACUUUGAUACUGAUGUGUGUUUUCCACUACUCAUACCUCUAGUUUGGGCCAGUCAUGUUUCAAGUGCUCAGUGGCCACAUGUAGCUGGAGGUGGCUAUAGUGGACAAUGCAGCUAUAUACCUUGCAACAACAGACAUGGGACAUCUGAGGAGCAAAGAACACAUUAGAUAGGGGUGGCAUAAAACAGAUUGUGGCUCCAGCCUCUCUACUGAAGCUUUGCUACUCUCAGAAUGUAGUUGCUGGUGUAUGCGGUAGCAGUAGGUAACAGAUUGGUUCCAAGAUUCUAGGCUGAGGUAGGACAGACUGCAGAAUGUCACACAGAAUCUUGUAUGUCUCUAGUCAUUCUCAGCUACCGAUCAAAAGUGUUCAGACCUGCUUAGACCUAAGAAGUUAAUUUUGUAUUUCCUCUCUGCUCUUUUGUUUUAUAAAUAAACCUCUACUAAGCGAAACAUAA